GCAUAUCGCAGAACCGAAGCAAAUGUAUGGACGUAAAGAUCCAGCCCGAGACCGAAUUGAUGCUUCAAGUUUUUGAUUUGAAAAGUCGACCAAAAUCAUUGGACGACCGUGAUGUUGCGAACGAGGCACCUGAGAUCGGACGGCUGUCCAAAACUGAUCCAAUGAUUUGGGCUUUCAACGAUUCCUGGGAAAAUCGCCCGAAAGCGGUGGAAAGAAGUGAUCUGGAGAGUUUGCAGCUGCACAGACGAUGUAAAUCGACGUCUAACAUAACAGUGCAGACAAAUUCGGCAAGCGAUGCAAUUGAGAUGACGUUGACGUCUAUCGCAUCCACGGGAUUGGCUGAUUCAGAAAUGACACCUUGUCCGCGAUAUCGAGACGCCGUAGUUCGUCUCCGUCGGCGUUCUUAGCAGCUUAAUAAAAUAAAAUA